UGUCCAUCUUGGCUAUAAUUUAGUCAGCUAAAAUUUAGUAAUUGCUUCUGCAUUGCUUUCGGGAGGAGGUGAUAUUUAAAAGCAGGCUGCUCAGCACUCAAAUGGGACUACUCCAAAAGCUUUGCCUAUAUUCUCUACAGAUCAGCAGAACAAGGGAGACCAGCUGCAUAGAUUUUCGUUAGGGCCUGAUGAAUAGGACAACAACUUACUGUUUCGGUUUUGACCAACUUUGGUUUUCAUGACAAUGGAAUUUUUCCUCUCUGUGAUGGAAAGGAAGAACCUCCUCCUAAGCCUAUUGCUCUGCUACAGUUUGUUCAGAGCUGCCGAUCAGCACAUGGUAAUUGAAGAGAAGACAGAAUGCAGCCUGUCGAGAAACAACAAAAGGAAUUUCUCAGAUCUCCCACCCAUCUCCAUAACAGAUUUAACUAAAAGAUCCCAGAAAGUCAGCAGGAAAGAGGCAGAGAUAAGGAAAUCUUCCAAGAAAAGAGCUGGACCAAAGACAUCUCUGAAACCAAGGCCCACACCAGCUGCUGACUGCGUGCCAGACUUCAAAACCUGCAAACCGCACUUGAAUUCGUGUUGUAACUACUGUGCCUUUUGCAAAUGCCGAAUUUUCCAGACAAUCUGCAAAUGUCUGAUGUUAAACCCAAAGUGCUAAAGCCAGACUGGGAGCACAGUAGGGCUUCUGC